GCUUCAGUUAGUAAAGAAAGUGAAGCCUUUGAUGCUCUUUUGCCUCUUCCCGGGCUCUUCAUGCUCCGCGUAUGGCAGAUAUCUGGUGUAGAACUGGCAGCCAUACCUGCAGAGGAGCUGAGUGAUGUCCUGGCCUUGAAGCAGCACCUGCGUGUAAGGAAGGGCUUGCCCGUCUGCCUUCAAGAACUUCUCCAUGAUGGCAUCCGAUUACAGGAUUCCAAUAAGCUGGGUGCCCCUAUGGAUGUACAGCUGGUCUUGCUAUCCCUUGCCAAAGGGCUGGAGGCUGCACAGGAGCUUAGAGAGGCUGCGACCAAGGGGGAGAUCGAGGUAGUACGCUUGCUGUUGAGGGCUAGCACGGACAAAGACUCUACAAACGA